AACUCAUUCUGCAGAUAAUACAUUCCAUCAUGCGACUGAGGUCCGAAUAAGACACACUACCAGCUAGGCAUUUUGAUGUUUCGGUGCAUCAACUUAAACAGCGAGAUAUAUUAAAAUUUUGUGGUAAGAAGUUCAAGAAUAUAGUUAUAUCAAACUAAAAUAAUGCCCAAGCAUUGAAAAAGGUGAUGAGGGAGAAUGACGUGAACAAAUUAUGAACAUGCUUGGGUCAAUUUAUUUACCACUAUCACUAUAGUCUAAUCCACGAUUUCAACUUCCCGAACGUUUUGACGUUUGCUGCGGGUGGAAUGACAGCUGUUGUUUUUUUCUUGCUGAGUACAUUUUGCACUCGCACCAGUGUUUUGAUUGUUUACAUUUUAUUGAAACGAUUUGCAGCAGUUAUUUUCCGUUAUUAAAUAUUUUGUUAUUUCAUUGAGCGCGACAAUCGGCCAGUUUACACUGUAUAUUAGAUUAAAGACGAGUAGCUUUCUUUAGAGCUUACAGUCAAAGAAUAUCGUUAUUUGUGAGUGAAUUUAAUAUUGUUCUUGGUACCUGUCUUCCGAUGUGUAAAAUCUAACAACAGCUAACAGGACGUUCAUUUAUCGAUUGAUACAGGUAAUGGACAUCGAUAGCAACCAAAUUGACGUAUUCCAAUUAUCCAGUUAUGCUCAGAAACUGCCGAAGAGCAACCCGAAUGUGUACCAGAGGUACAUCGAUAAAAUUAAAGUUAUUGGAAACAUUGAUCCAUACUGUAUAAAAUUUCGGCUGUGCGAUCUACCAACAUCCGUGACAACUGGAAGUGUUGUUGAUUUUUUAAUAAACUUUCGAUCGCCGUAUACUGGCAAUUCAAUGAAAAAUAGCCGUAGUUUGGAAGGUUACAAAAAAUUUGAAAGCGGAUUUGUGCAUACGGUCGAAGGCAUGAUAAUAGAGGGAAAAUACGUUGUUGUGGGAAAGGUGGUCCAUUCAAUGCGGAUGAACGAAAAAAUGUUGCAACCAUGGAUUAUAAUUGAUAACCGAGGGACGAUUUUGUCCUCACACUGCAAUUGUGUUGCUGGUGUCAGUGAAACCUGCUCCCAUGUGAGUGCCAUACUCUACUACUUGGCUAAUUUGCAUGCGCAGUCGACGGACAGACGGACUACCGUAACAGGUAUGCCAGCAUACUGGCGCCAACCACCUAAAAGGACUAAAGAAGAUGUAUAUAAACAGGUUCAAGAUACUGAUUAUGGGAAGGAGAUCAAAAAAUUUCAUGACAGUACGUACACAAAAAGCAAGGAAGAUUUUGUGGGUUUGCUGAAAACAAUUGCUAGAGCUGGCGGAGAUGCUGCUAUACUGAACCGGAUUUGCGAUUGCACAAAUUACGUAUGCGUUAAUUGCAAAGAAUCAAAUAUUCCCACUCGUUUCUUCUACAACAAAAAUAUAAUGCUGCAGAAUUACUGUUCUCCAGCGAAUGAGACUAAAACAUUGGCUGAGCUUCGAGCUAUCGCAAAUCGAAUUCAACUUCAGCUCAGUGAUUUAGACGUGCAAUUAGUAGAAAAAUGCACAAGGCGACAAAAUGAAUCUGAAUUAUGGCAUUGGGUGCGGAUUGGCAGAAUAACUGCAUCAAUUCUCAAAGAAGUAGUUAAUGCAUCGCAUGAAUUUCCUCCUCCCAAGCGCACACUUAUUAAAAAAAUUUGUCACCCGUAUUUGAUGAAAUGUGAUACACCAGCUCUAGCAUACGGCCGGAGAAACGAAAAAACUGCAAAACAUCACAUAGAAAACGUGCUAUUAGAAAGUCACGAUAACGUUCAACUACUAGAUUGCGGGAUUUUUCUUGAUUGUGAAAACCCUUUUUAGCUGCCUCACCAGAUGGCGUAGGCCAAUGCAUUUGCUGUGGACAAUUCGUAAUUGAAAUCAAAUGUCCUUACAGAUUGGACAAGAAGAGCUCCUUAGACGAACAACUAAGCUUACAGGAUCUUGCACACAAACCAAAUUCGUUCAUUCGAUACGAUGGAAAUGAAUUUCGUAUUGUCAAAACGCACGCCUACUAUUAUCAGAUUCAAUCACAAAUAUUUUUAACUUCGUCGGAAUUUGCAUAUUUACUAGUUUGGAGUAAAACAGAAAGCGUUAUUAUAAAAGUUGAAAAAGAUCCUGGACUAUGGAACUAUUGCAUCUACAGAAGUAAACAAUAUUUUCGUAGUAUCAUCCUACCUGAGCUCCUUAGUAAUUUUUUCACGAACAAGCUACUAUCGUAGGAGGGGAGUAUAACGCAUGUAAUAAUUAAGAUUGUUUUACCUGACGCAGUGAAAACGAAGACAAUCAUGACUAUCAAUAAGUUAUAAUGGUUUGUUGUUGCUUUUUAAAAUAACAUUAUUCCAACUGUUAUCCUGAUCUUUUUUAUAAAUCUCUUAA